UACCGACGUCCAACCAAGUUCUAUGGCACACCUAACGACACAGCAGUCUAUAUAAACUUAUUUCGGACGACAUUAUAAUCGAAUUAAUUUUUUUAAAACGUACUUUUUUAGUUUCUUAGGUCUGAUUAUUGUCAAGAACAGGCAACAGUUAACGACGAGUGAACGGAAUACGAAAGCGGAAGAACUUUCAGUUAACAGUACAGCAGAAGUUAGCUGAAGUAGUUAGCUAGCUUGAUAAGUAGCCUAGCUGUUGCACGGUAGCAACUAGCUGGCUAGCUUGCUCCGUUUAGUGUCAUGUCUAGAAUUCCUCGAGAUUUCACAGCGUAAACGAGAAUACCUAGCUGUUAGCUGCCUAGCUUUUAGACGUCCAUCAGCACUCUGUACCACCGUCGAGGCGUAGGCAGGGCGGACUGGAUUUGGAGCAGUGACAGGGUUGAUCUAACUCAACUGCGGUUUGUGUUUCCCUACGCUAACCCGUGCUUCAGCCGGUCGGAGAUUGCUCACUCACACAUCCUGGACUUCUCGAUGAAAUGAGAGGGAGCUUGCCAGACUGAGUUUCUGCGAAAUGGCAGUGGAGCUGUAGCACAGCCAAAGCUUUAAAAUAAGACAUCUCAGACCGGCUCACAAGGAGUGUCAACCUUUCUCUUUGCCAAAAAUCAUCUGUCAAGACCGCAGAAAUGCUGACUGACAACAGGAAGCGACGUCGUAGCUGUGACAGUGAGAAGGACCGACAGCUGAGUCCUCAGGCCAAGAGGUCAGGAAGGGGUCCCAGCCUGCUUGUGUCAGAUUUGGAUUCAGAGUCUUCCAGCAGCGACAGCAGCAAUGGGAUCAGUAGUCCAGAGAGAGCAAUAGUGGUCAGCACCAGGCCUUGCAUACACAGCCAGAACAACCGCAUCACCCAGUACUCACUCAGCCCAAAGCCUGAAGACUCAGCUAGCUCCUUGCAGCGUGGUUGCCAUGGUGACAGCAGCAGUGUUUCCUAUGACCACAUCAACAGAGUCCUGAGGGAGGCGCAUUUUAGCAGUCUGCAGACAAGAGGGCGUCCAGGCUCGACAUGACCAUGACCACUGACCCCUCACCUGACCUUUUGUCUUGCGACUAUCAGUGCCAAGACAAACAGCACGGUGGCUCUUCUUUGAAAGCCUCAAGUGACACAAUCGGGUCAGGGUGAAGGGGAUUUGUUGUGUGGGGAGGUUUACAGAUUUUAGCCAUACAGGCUCAUCCCCACUUCACCAUGUACCAUUUGUCUAGAUCAUAAGCACAUCUGUCUGUCCAUGGCCCACCCACUGUGUUUUUUUGUGCAGUAUCAAUGUGUAUAUGUGUGUAUGCACCUUGUGCACUUUAUAAAGAGAUCACUCUCUUUACAUGUGUGCGUUGAUGUUUGGACAUUUUCAUUGGUGCUAAUCACAGGCAGUGUGUGAUGAUGAACCGAAGUGCUUGGAAAACUAAAUAAAGCUAAGCACUUUA